CUUCUCAGUCUCUUCAGUUGCAAUCAUCAGUCUUCGAUCAGAGUUCAUUCACGAAACAGUCGGUAAAAUUGCAAAAAUAUGUCAAAAGGAAGAGGAUUAGAACUACUUAAAAAUGUUGGAAUGUAUCUGAGGAACGCUGAUUGUUUUGAUCAAAUGAUGAAAAGGAUAACUUUUGUCGACGGUGGUGAUGGCAAAGCUACAGCUGAACUCAAACUUGGCAAAGAACAUCUCAACAAAAUGGGUGGAAUGCAUGGAGGAUUCAGCUCAACAUUAGUCGAUUCCAUCACAACAUUUGCCCUGAUGACUCACAAUGUUGAGGAUAUCAAAACUGGAGUCUCUGUUGACUUGCACAUCACUUUCCUUAAAGGAGCCAAGGAGAAUGACGAGAUUGUUGUGCAAGCUAAUACUCUAAGAUGUGGACGAACUCUAGCUUUUCUUGAAUGUGAAAUUAGGAACAAAAAAGACAACAGUUUGCUUGUUAAAGGAGCUCACACGAAGUUUAUUGGACAGGGUUAGGGGAAUUUAUAGAACAAAAUUUACAUGUUAAUGAAAAAAUUUGAGAAUAAAAAAAAUACAAAAUUUAAGAUUUUUCUUUAAACAAUUCAAACAGCUCCAAAUCCAACAAUCACAAAAAUAUUUGAUAAAAUUAUUAGCAUCAACUGCAAAGAUUAAGAAUUUAAGAAAAUAAUAUUAGAAACAUAAAUUCAUUUAAAUUUUACACUAGCAAAUACUCCAAGGUUUAAAUUAAAUGACCCAAAAGUUUGAAAUUCAACAGGCUGGAUAUAAAUUUGGUCACUAAAUGAUCUCAGCAGAGCAACAAUGAGUGGGUUGGUAAUUUCACAGGAUAUUUUUGAGAGCUUUAGAUUUAUCCUUCUUAUCUGAAAUAAUAUUAAAAAUGUUACUAAGGUUUAGCUUAGGGAGUGUUCAAAUAAUAGGUAACUCAAAAAAAUGGAUUUUUAAAACCUAUUUCCGAUUUUUUGCAAACUUUAUAUGGAAUAUAAUUUUCAUUGUUUGAACUUUCAAAUUCUCAGAUCGUCCUUAAAAGUGCUAAGUAAAAGGUGAACGGUCCAAAACGGUCGAUUAACCAAGCGGGUGCGAUUAUGGCAUUCUACUGGAUUUAAAUCGUAUCCAGCACCAUGCCAGAGUCAAGCAGAAUUGUUCUAGGAUUUUUGAUCAUUUAACCGACUUGUGCCAUUCAACUGAACCCUGAGUGCCUUGAGCAAUUUACCAACAGCUUUGUUUCCUCGCAGCAAAUGCAGCAAAAGUACAUCAUAGAGAUUUCCAAAAUAAGUCCAACAAUUGUGACUAAAAGUUAAAUUCAUGAUUUUAAGCAUCCAAAAAAUGCAUGAGUACUUACAACUUAAUGGACCAGGCUCAAGUCCUCCUUGUAUAAUCGAAUACCAUCGAUAAAGUCUUCUUAUAGUCGUAAUAAUUCCCAUAAAAAUACCUAAAGCUGUCAUUAUCCAGACUGAUGUCAUAAAAUUAUGCAUCAUAUCCAUCAAAAAAAUAUAGCAAAUCCUAAUUGUAUUGAUUCUUUUUGAACAUUCAAAGUCAGUUUUAGAAAAUUCUAAAAAAUUGUCAUUCAAAAUUUUCAAAAUUGCAUUUAAGUGGACAUUUAUGAAAUUAAUGUAAAAACAGAAGCGAAUGGUCUGCAAAGUGCCAAUAAAGGUCCGAAAAAAUCUCAAUGUUACCGUUAAAUAAAUUAAAGGUUUUGACAAAUUACGAUAAAAGUAAGUCCACUCCAAAACCAAAGAAAUAAAUGCACCAAAAAUUAAAUUUCGAAUAAACUUUUUCCUUACAAUUUUGAAAUUUAUUUUGUAAAGGAAAUUUUUGCUCAAACAAUUUUGAAUUUUAAUUGAAAUUUUAAAUAUAUUUUUUAACUUUUUGGUCCAAAAAAAUCCUUCA